AUGAAGCAGGGGAUCCAUGGAAGCGACAACACCUCACCACUCCACUCCAAGGUGUCUGCCGGCAAAUCUGAAACCCUCCCCGGCGGCGACCCAACCCACCUCCCAAUCACUGGCGUGGCUGGCACCGGCAGCGGCAGCGGCAGCGGCCAUGCGAGGGGUCGGAACAAGCUGACCCUUUUCCCCCUCAUCUUCCUCAUCUUCUUCGAGGUCGCCGGCGGGCCAUACGGCGCCGAGCCGGCGGUGCAGGCCGGCGGGCCCCUCCUCGCACUCAUCGGAUUCUUCGUGUUCCCAUUCGUGUGGGCCGUCCCGGAGGCCCUCGUCACCGCCGAGCUGUCGACGGCGAUGCCUGGCAACGGCGGGUACGUGGUGUGGGUGGACCGCGCGUUCGGCCCGUUCGCGGGGUUCCUUAUGGGCACGUGGAAGUAUGUCUGCAGUGCCAUCGGCGCCGCGGCCUUCCCGGCGCUGUGCUCCGACUACCUCACGCGCGUGGCGCCCGCCGUGUCCCGCGGCGGCGCCAGGGUCGCGACGAUCGUCACGUUCAACGUCGCCCUGACGCUGCUCAACUACACGGGGCUGAGCGUCGUCGGCUGGACGGCCGUGGCGCUGGGCCUCGCGGCGCUGUCGCCGUUCCUGCUGAUGGUCGGCGCCGCGCUGCCCAAGGUCCGGCCGCGGCGGUGGGGGGCCACCGCCGGAGAUAAGGACUGGAAGCUGUUGCUGAACACGCUGUUCUGGAACCUGAACGGCUGGGACAGCGUGAGCACGAUGGCCGGCGAGGUGGACCGACCCGGGAGGACGUUCCCCGCGGCCCUGGUGACGGCCGUGUGCAUCGGGUCUCUCGGGUACGUGCUGCCUCUCAUGGCGGCCACCGGCGCCAUCGAUGCGCCGCCGGAGGCAUGGGGAGACGGCUACUUCGCCGACGCUGCAGGUCUGAUCGCCGGCAAGUGGCUCAAGUACUGGACGGAGGUGGGCGCCGUGGUCUCCUCCAUCGGCCUCUACUCGUCGUCGGUGAGCAGCGCGGCGUACCUCCUGGCGGGCAUGGCGGACCUCGGGCACAUCCCGUCCUUGUUCGCCGCACGCGCCCCCGCGUUCGACACCCCCUGGGCCAGCAUCACCGUCACGGGCGCCAUCGCGCUGGGCAUGUCGUUCCUGAGCUUCGACAGCAUCGUGGCGGUCACCAACUUCCUGUACAGCCUCGGGAUGCUCCUCGAGUUCGCGGCCUUCGUCUGGCUCCGCGCCAAGCGCCCGGACCUGCCGCGGCCCUACUGCGUGCCCAUGGGCACCGCGGGCGUGGGCGUGAUGUGCGCCGUGCCGUCGGCGUUCCUGGUGCUCGUCACGGCCGUCGCCGGGUGGAAGGUGUGCGUGGCCAGCGCGGUCUUCACGGGCGCCGGCGUCGUGGUGUAUUACGUCAUGGCGUUCUUCAAGGCAAGGGGAUGUUUCAAGUUUGGCCGUGCAGAGGGAGGAGAAUACGAAGCUCGCUAA